GACGACCAAGUACCAUGUCAAUGCGGCCCGAACGUUGAGUGCGUUUAACGUAGCGGUGUGAAAAAAUCGUUCGAAUAGCGAACAAUAAGCGAGUAAUUUAAGGCUAAUUUACACUAGUGUGCGUGUGAACGCGGCUUAAUUUAUUUUCUCGUUUUAAAACAAAAAGUGUGAAGCGUGCCUUUGUUUGAUUAGGAAAGUCGAUAAGAAGUAAAUAAGGUUUUAUUAGGAUUAUUCAUGAUAAGAUUAACUCAAAUGGCCCAGCACAUUCUCUCGGCUGUGGAGACGGACAUAAAUUCGAUUAAGGAAAAGGGCGAUGUCCAGGAACGAGAUAUUGCCGUGUCGCUCGACGACAGAGACCUCUGGGUGCGGUUUCAGUGUUUCACCAAUGAAAUGAUUGUGACUAAAAGUGGCAGGAGGAUGUUCCCAGUGGUCAAGGUCACGGCUACCGGCUUAGAUCCUAAGGCCAUGUACACCGUCCUUUUGGAAUUUGUCCAGAUCGACCCUCACCGGUGGAAGUACGUCAAUGGAGAAUGGGUGCCAGGUGGAAAGGCGGAGGUCCCGCCGUCUAAUCCGAUCUAUGUUCAUCCGGAAAGCCCGAACUUCGGUGCCCAUUGGAUGAAGGAGUCCAUAUCUUUUGCCAAAGUCAAAUUAACUAAUAAAACAAAUGGAAAUGGUCAAAUAAUGCUGAACUCAUUACACAAAUAUGAACCAAGGGUGCAUCUGGUUAAAGUCGGGACGGAAUCCAGACGUGUUAUGACGUUUCCCUUUCCCGAGACGCAGUUUAUUGCAGUAACGGCGUACCAGAAUGAGGAAGUGACGUCCUUAAAAAUUAAAUACAAUCCUUUUGCGAAAGCUUUUCUUGAUGCCAAAGAGAGGCCAGAGAACAGUUUUGUUCAAAGGGGAGACUAUUCGCCGACAUACCAACAGCAGCCUCACGCGCAAUAUGGCUCAUGGUUUAUUCCUCAUCAGUCAAUUUACCCAGCACCAGGUCAGAUGUCUCCUUGUCAGUACAGAACUGGUCCAAAGCUGAUAAGACAGAAGUCUGCUCCUUAUUUAUUGAAUCGACAGAAAAGUACGUCACCAGUAUCGCCCCCACCAAAUGUUUAUAAUCCUCCAGAACACAUCCAACAACAACAGAUCUACAACUCAUCUGGAACGUAUUCGAGCUGGUCCUCGAUGCCUACGAUGCAAGCACAAACGCCCACAACCAUCAUGUCUCCACUCAACUGUUGGUCCUUGACAUCUAGUCCACCACCUCCUCAUCAAAUCUCUUCCCAGCCUACGCCUAAUCAGUCACCUAGUCACCAAAUAUACCAACACUCACCGCCAUCUGUGGCUAGCAUCACCAAUUUGUCUUAUCCCAGUUACUACCAUCAAGACAUCCCGACCUAUCAGAAUCCGGAAUAUUUGGUCAAUCCGGUUUCGGAAGUAACUUACGCUCAGUUAGGUUCAGAGCGUACUCCAGUGAUUUACAAAGCUGAGCAUCUUCAAAGUCUGGACAAUGUUUCUAACGAUUAUGACAACAUCAAGUCAGAAUGUUCGACGAGAACACAGCAAGAAGAUGGGGCUAGUCCGGCACCAGGAACACCCCGUAGCGAAUGGGUGCAACAAACUCAUUUGCAAAAUUAAAAUUUGAGAACUGUGUAUAAUUUGUGAAUGUAUAUUUUUUAUAUUUUUAAGAUUGUUUUUGGUUAAUGAACACGGUAUAAUUAUGGUUGUACGAUUUAAUAGGUAUUGCUUGCAAGCAACGAAGCAAUACUUGAUCGUGAUUCGGUUGGGCCGGUCCUAAUCUGAAUUAUAAGAAUAAAAAUUAUUUAUACAUAUAUAUGUAAAAUAAAUAAUUUGAAAUUGAGAUUUGUAAGUUGUGUUUUUACCGCGACAUGUAAAACACUAUAUUGUGUUGAGAUCUCGGAAUUAUUGUCAUGUUUGUGAAGUAAUGUGUAAUAAAGUGUAAAUUUUAAAUUUA